AGAUCUUGUGCUCGGGAGCCUGAAAGUGGUCAAACCUGCCAUCGCCGUGACACGUGACCAGGCGUCCAAUAAAGCAGCGGGCUGAAAGUUUGUUGAGACAAACAGGUUUGCGAAGGCGAUUGAGUGAAAGGAACAUGUCCCCUGCUCGAGCAGAUGAGUUGGGCUACAAACCCCUGGAUGGUGGCUGGGGCUGGAUUGUUGUGGUUGGGGCCCACAUUUCCAUUGGUUUCGCCUACUCCACACCAAAAACCCUCUCCAUCUUUUUCAAAGAGAUCCAAGAGGACUUAGGGGCCAGCUACAGUGAAAUAGCAUGGGUUUCCUCUAUCAUGCUAGCUGUCAUGUAUGCAGGAGGACCAGUGAGCAGUGUGUUGGUCUGUCGCUUUGGAAGCCGGCCUGUAGUCAUACUGGGUGGACUGAUGUGUGGGGUCUCUAUGGUAGCUGCUUCGUUUGGGAGCUCCAUCAUGUACCUCUACUUUUGCAUUGGCGUCAUUGGAGGUUGUGGACUCUCCUUAAACCUCAAUGCAUCUCUCACCAUCAUCAGCAAGUAUUUCCUUGCCAAGCGGCCUUUAGCCAAUGGACUGGCAAUGGCCGGGAGUCCAGUGUUUCUAUGUUGCCUGGCCCCUGUCAACCAAUAUUUACUGGUAAGGUUUGGUUGGAGAGGAAGUCUCCUCAUCCUCGGGGGUCUGAUGCUCAAUUGCUGCGUUGCUGGGGCCCUGAUGAGGCCUGUUAUUCUGCCUUGUAAGCCAACACUUCGUGCACCGCAAGAAAAAGUGGAGGAGCAGCCAAAUAACUGCAACACUAAGUUAAAAGGAAGCUGUAUGAAGAAGUUCUUGGAUUUGUCCUUCUUCAAGGAUAGAGGCUUCAUCAUCUACCUCAUUGGGAACGUCAUGUUCAUCUUCGGUGCCUAUGCGCCCAUUUUGUUCCUGUUAACAUAUGCUAUUAAGCAAGGCAUAGAGGAGUACUCCGCAGCCUAUCUGCUCUCUAUUAUGGGCUUUGUGGACAUGUUUGUUCGUCCUGGCACCGGCCUGCUAGCCAACAGCAAGUGGAUCAGGCCCAGAAUACAGUACUUCUUCAGCUUUGCCAUGGUUUUUAAUGGCAUGUGCCACCUGCUGUGCCCACUGAUAAAGAGCUAUGCCUUCCUGGUGGUCUACACGGUAUUUUCUGGCGUGGGUUUCGGCAUGGUUUUCGCACUGAUAUUUGAAUGUCUGAUGGACCUGAUGGGAACUCAACGCUUCCCCAGUGCUGUUGGAUUGGUCACCAUCAUCGAGUGCUUCCCCAUGCUACUUGGACCACCUGCUGCAGGGUUACUGGUUGACAUCUUUGGUGACUACAAGUACCUUUUCUUCAUGUGUGGCUCAGUGAUCGUGACGGGCGGGGUCUUUCUCUUCGUCAUGAACAUCUUCAACUACCACAUGCAGGAAAAAGCAAAGGACACAGAGCAGAACCAAAAAAGCAUAGAGAACCAGGACCAGGUGAGCGUCUCAGAGACAGGGAUGAACCAGACCCCCGAGGCAGCGAUGGAACGAACUGAGCCUGAGGCUAAAGAGAAGAACGGAGCCCAGAGAAAUCCCUUGCCGGAGAACGCAGAAACUUUAAUGUAAUUCUCCUAUCAGGUGCCAUUAAAUCAUUGCAGAAGAAGAGAGCGCAAGGAGACGAUGAAACGUGUGAGUGCCAUUCAAACCGUGAACAGUGGAAAACAAUGCAAACUGUGUAUUUAUUUGAGAAAGGUUUUCGCCUGACACUAUUUUAGUCUCUUCAGUGGAGCGGAAGUCCCAUGCUUCACGUAUAUCAUGAUUUCUUCCCGGAGUCUGUUUCCACUGGACUUCAUUGCAUUUUGCGUUUACCGAUACAUCAACCUUUCCACCUCAAACAAGAGUAAAAACUUUUUUGCAAUAGUCUAGUUUUUUUUCCAAUUUUCUGAGCUUCCACUCAUUUUAACGGAUAUAUUGAUGGAUGGGAACACAACACUCAUUCGUUCUUUCUGUCAAUGAACAGUCAUUUUGACGUUUGAUUUAUAGUCAAGUCAUUUAACAAGCAAACAAGACCAAAAGCCUAUUGUCAGCUAAUAUGCUGAUGCUAAGCAGGUAUAAUGUUUACUGUUUUCACCAUCUUACUUUAGUGUGUUAGCACGCUAACAUUUGCUAAUUAGCACUAAAUACAAGAGACUGCUGAAGCUGACUAGUUUGUCAAGUAUUUUGUAAAAAAAAUAAAAAGUCUGUGGGCUUCAUCCUCAGGGGAUUGUGAAUCUUGUACAAAAAUACACAAUCCUCACAAGCCACAGAGAAUGCUGAAGUAUACACAGCCUCAAUAUAUGAGAGGGAAUUAAACAUAUCUGAGAGUGACUGUUUGCAGUAAUUGUUACAUGAUCAUGAACAUACCCAUCCACUUUCCUGUUUAGUGAUUGCUAACUGUCCAAUUCUCAGUAAUCUAAUGUAAAUAUGAAAAUAUAAAUUACCAGUUUGUCUGUGCUGCUGCUUCCUGAUCUGAGGAACUGGUGCUAAAAGAGUUUGUUAAACCAUUUGAAACCCAUUGCUGGUCAGGUCUAUGUAGAUGGCCAGCAUUUGUGCAUGGUCAAAUUGACUCUGGGCCACUGCCUGCUAAAACAGACUGGCCCACCUCUUCAUUAUCAAAACGGUAGGGCCCCCGGGAAGUCUUCACCCUCAGUAAAAACUAGGUUUGGGUAGUACCUUCCUGACAUUUCACCGGUGUAUAUGAUGUAUAUGGCGGUCGCUGUUGAGUAGUUCCAUUUUGUGUGUGUAGUGAGUGUGUGGUUGAGCAAGAAGGCACAGGGAGAAGAGGAAAUGGUGAGCAGUGAAGUUGUUGUAAAUGCACAGUGUAGGUUACGGUUUGUCAGCGAAUAAAGGCUGCAGCUAAAGCUGUGUUUGUCUGUUUACCAACCUCUGGAAAAGUGUUGGAAAAGUCACGUUAAAGAUGUAAGGCAGUUUCACACUAUAUCACCUACUUUUAAGGCAUCCAAUACAUGACCUCAAUACAAUAUCUCAGUUUAAUAGAAAGAGGAGCGUCUGUAUUUUUGACGGUAUUGAAAGUGUAAAUACCCUGAUAUACCGUAAUCUUGACACAGCCCAAGCCUAGUCAGAACCCGGGAUCCCAAUUUCAUCUGACAUGGUGUGUGCCAGAUCCAGCCGAUGGGGCAUUGUCAACCCUUUACAGCCUCCACCCUAGCAUGGUUAUUACACUAGUUCUUCCCAUGGCAAAGCCUAGAGUGCUGUGGCUGCCCAACGAGAGUGGCUGGACAGUUACGUGAAAUGCCAGAGCCCUAGACUCCCUCAAGAUAAAAUAAUUCAUGCAGGAGCCUGGGUCCUGACCUAAGUAAUGCUUACAUACUUACGGAAUAUGUGGGGUAGGGUAUAGAGAACCUCAGGGGUGCUGCCAUGAGAUAAUUUUCGCUGACAGUGUUUACAUAAUAAAACUGGCAAUACGUUUUGCACAUGAAAUACUGUAGACAUGGACGUAUUACUGGUGUGAUGCUUUAUCUCCUCUUUAGUCAGUUAAUUCACUGGAAAUAAGUCUAUAAUGCACAUACAGUAAAAAAAAACAAACGUGUAACUUAAGUGUGAUAUUGGGUUUUGAUCAUUCUGUAAUCUUCACCAAAUACUGUCUUUGCAUUUUUGUCAGUAUUUAUUUAAUUUGAACUUUUAUGCUGAAACAUAUUUUAAACUAUGAUGUGUGUUCCACAAUAAUGUAAUAACUUUGUGUUGACAUUUAGCAGGGACAUUUGUAAUUAGGGCGAGAAUGGAUUUCCAUGCUCUGUUAAUUGAUUUGUCACUGUGUGUAUUUGUGAGGGAAUAUGUUUGUCUGAGCGGCAGUGAGUAACAAAAAGUGAAUGUGUAUUAUAAAUAAUCCGAAAUCUAGCUAUUAUAGGUUGUUAUUUGAAAAAGUUGUUUGAUUAUUAUAGCUGUAUAUCAACUUCUGAUAUGUUAUAUGCACAUAUGGUAUAGAAUGUACAAUUGCUAUAUGGAUAAAACUUUAUUGUUAACCUUAAUAAAGUUCCUAUGUAUUUCA